AUGAGCCAAACUAUUGUUCUUAUUACUGGCGGAAACCGGGGGCUUGGCCUUGGGUUAGUUGAGACCUUUCUGCAGCAGCCGAACCAUACUGUUAUUUCCGCCAACCGGGACCCCAAUCAUCCAACUUCCAAAGCACUUGCCGACUUGCCCAAGGCUGAAGGCAGCAGUCUCGUUGUCUCAAAAUACGAUGCUGGGGUUGAGCAGGACGCUUUUGACCUCGUGAAGGAUCUGAAAGGCGAGCAUGGAAUCAACCAUCUUGAUAUUGUUGUCGCCAAUGCCGCCAUCGCAAAGUCUUAUCCACUCGUGAAGGAUGUCCGGCGAGCUGAUAUCCAAGAACAUCUCGACAUAAAUACCUUUGGUGUAUUAUUUUUAUACCAGGCCACAAGGGAUUUUUUGCAAAACUCAACUAAAAAGCCUGUAUUCGUCACUAUUAGUUCUGGGGCCGGUUCACUUGGACGACAGCCGACGAUGCCAAAUGCUGCGUAUGGGCCAUCAAAAGUUCUAGUAAACUUUUAUGGAGUUAAAAUUAAUUCCGAAGACGAAUGGCUCACUGCUUUUGUCUUGGAACCUGGCUUCGUUCAGACGGAUAUGGGAAACUUUGCAGCGGACCUUUUUGGUAUUGGCAAGGCUCCUCUUAAAAUAGAAGAGUCUGUGGGGGGCUUAUUUAAAGUCAUUACAACGGCAACCAAGGAGACACAUGGUGGCAAGGUUGUGUUGUACACUGGUGAUAUUCUGAGCUAUUGA